GUCCAUUCUCAGCCAUCGCCUCUCCCGCUACUUUCACUUUCGAUUUUCAGAACGCUGGAAGCGGAAAACGAAACUCAGCGCUGCGCCCGCCGGUCUCUUCGCCUUUUGCUCCAAAGCGGGAGAGGCAGCCGGAGCGCGAACAGUGUGCAAGGAUGAGCAGACCCCUGAAGGAGAAGCUCCAGCGCCUGCAGUGUCACUUCACCUGGGACUUUGAGGUCAAGGACAAGAUGCACAUCAGACACACCCUGCUUACUCUGGCUGUCCGCCUGGAGCACGGCCCCCUCCGCAACCGGGGCACCUACCUUGCCCUGAAGGCCUACCUGCGCCACCUGGAGGGGAGCCCCAAAGAGGCCCUGGCCAUCCUGCAGGAAGCCAAGGAGGUCUUGAGGAAGGAGCCUCCGGGGACCUUCCCACGCCACGUCCUGCUGCUCUACGGGAACUACGCCUGGAUCUAUUACCACUUGACCGAUUAUGACAAGGUGGACCUCUACUUGGCCCAGAUCCGCCAGAUUUGCCGGGACCUGUCCAGCCCUGAGCCUUACUCGGCCCCGAUCCCGGAGGUCUACGCCCAGAAGGGCUGGUCCCUCUUGGCCAUGGGCUUCCGGAACGGCCAGCUGGCCAAGGAGUGUUUCCAGAAGGCCCUGGAGCUGCAGGAACCAAGCAUGGAGCUGCAGGAGGGCCUGGCCUUCUCCACCUUCGCUUCCUGGACACACUCCUACGAGGAUGAGAAGUUACAGGAUGAGAGCCGGAAGUUGCUGGAAGGGCUGAUCCAGAGCCACCCCGAAAAUUAUGAAGCCAAAGUAUACUUGGCACAGAUUCUCUGUAGGAAAGAUGAUGAAAGAUCUUGGCAGCUUGCUGACGAGGUGGUCCAGAACAGUCUCAACCCGGAACUCCUGAGAAUUGCCGCCAAAUCUUAUAAGUUCCACUCUCCCUCCCAAGCCAUUUCCACCCUGAAGAAGGCCAUCGCCCUCUGCGGUGAUUACUAUCUCCUCCACUACGACCUUGGCAUUAUUUACAUGGACCUCUUAGAUCGAGGAUCCGAGGGGAACCAAGCGGAGAUCGUGGAGGACGCCAUUGGGUGCUUCAGACGGUCUCUGGAAGGCAAUCCUGAAUCUGUGUUUGCCCAGCUGAAGCUGGCGAAGUUGUACGGAGAAAGGUGCCAGCUUUACGAGGAGGAGGUCUACCUGGGCGUGAUGGAGGAACUCCCAACCGCCAGCAAGAGAGUCCAGCAGUCUUUCUAUCUGCACUGGGGGCAUUUUCUCCUCCAGAAGAAGGGGCAGAGGCAGGCAGCGUUGCGGGCGUACAAGGCCUGCUUGGAGGUGCCAGGGGAUCACCCUCUGGAGCAGAAGCAGCUGGAGCAGCGUCUGAAAGAGCUGGCCAGGGUUUUCCGUUCAAAAGGCGACAUGGAACAAGAGAGAGCUGUCCACCGUCUGCUGAGUGAAAUCGCAGCAAAGCGUCAGGGGGCACCUCGUUGAUUGGCAGGCCUUGCCUCACCCUCACGCGACUCUCCCUAGGAGCCGGCUGUGAAUAUUGGGGUGCUCCAGCCCAAAUGGGUGGUGCCCCCUCGCAGCCCUGAGCUGCUCCUUCCUGGGGUGUUGCUGGAAAGCAAUAUAACAUUUGGGACAACAUCUCCCUCCUUCUCUUCCCUUCUCCUCUUUAUUGCAUAAAUACUCCAGGGUGCACUCUUCUACAACUCCCUGCUGUUUUCAGAUACAAACCUAGGUACAACAUACAAUAUUGUGCCAGGCUCUACGCAUCAGCACUUAAAAUCCAUCCGAGCAUGACUUGUGCCACCAAGUAGAAUUAAGGAGGAUCUAAUGAAGAGGUCUCCAACCUUGGCAACUUUAAGAUUUGUGGAGCAAAGCUGGCUGAGGAAUUCUGGGAGUUGAAGUCCACAAGUCUUAAAGUUGCCAAGGUUGGAGACCCUUGAGUUCCUCAAACUGGAGUGCUCUGUGUUGUAUUAGAUUUUGUGUGCCAUAUUCUAACCCUUUCCCCUACCGUCAUCCAAUGCUCCUACCCCGCCUGUUCCUUUUUUUGUCUUCUGCUUGUUUACAGAUAUCUUGUUAUAACUUUUAGCUUUCCAAAAAUUGUUAUUUUCUUGUAUUUUUAAUUGCCUGCACCUCACUGUCCUUGUGGGGUUCUCUGAGCAUAAUAAAGGCUGGAUUUUGUAAGGCA